UGACGAGUAAUUGUUGGAACAAUUACCCCUUUUUAUCAUUGCCCUAAAACGUGGACCCCACCUAUUUAUAAAUCAAUCAAGAAUAUGCUUUGCUCUUCUCUUUGAAAAUCCUCUUUACCCUUCCAUCUUCUUUACUUUCUUUAAUUUUCUUUCCCCAUUCCACCAUUACAGAGAAGAAGAACAAAAGAAAACCUAAAGAAGAUAAGAAAUCGAUGGAUAUCUUCAAGGAAUUUAUCUUAACUGUCUUGAUUUCUAUGUGUUUAGCUUUCUUAAUCGCGAAGUUAGUUUCAGGAGCUUCUUCGUCUUCUUCUUCUUCUUCAUCUUCUACUAGUAGUAAACAGGAAAGUAUUGCUGCUGCUGCUGCUGCUGCUCCAGUAAAAUCAGAGAAGAAGAGGAGUAAGAAGAAGAAAGACAAGGAGAUUGUUGAUAAGGAGAAGUUAGUUAUUGAAGAAAGGAGUUUCGUUAGUAGUGAAUUGAAGAAUACAGGGUUAGAAAUUGAAACCAAAGUUGAAGAAUCUGUUCAGGUUAAUGAUGUUUUAGUUGAUAAAAUUGAUUUGAUUAGUAACGAAUUGUCAGAUGAGGAGGUUAGGGGAGAGAAUUUGAUUGAGAUUGUCGGUGAAGAGGAAAAAGAGGUGAUCCAGGUCAAGGAAGAUGAAGAGGUGGUGAAAACUAGUGAUGAAGAUGAUGGUAAAGUAGUGAUAGAGAAUCUGGUUGUGGAAACGUCUGAGAGAGAUGAAAUUGGUGUGGAAUUGGAAAAUAGUGGUGAUGUGGUGGUUGAGAAAGAAAGUGGGUUAAAGGAGGAGGAGAAAACUGGAAUUGAUUGUUUGGUUAGUGAUGAUGAAGAAUGGGAAGGUAUAGAAAGAAGUGAGGUUGAGAAUUACUUUGCUACUGCUUCCACAUUUGUUACUUCUGGUGUUAACAAUCAAGUUUUGUCAAAGCUGAGUAGUGAUGUUCAGAUGCAAUUAUAUGGACUUCAUAAAGUGGCUACUGAAGGACCUUGUUAUGAACCUCAACCUAUGGCAUUGAUGGUUUCUGCUCGUGCAAAGUGGCAUGCUUGGCAACGGCUAGGAAACAUGAGUCCGGAGGUGGCUAUGGAGCAGUAUACAGCUCUUCUUACAGAGAGCGUCCCUGGGUGGACAGGUAGAAAUGCGGAAGGACAGAGUAAACAUGACCAAAGUAGUGAUUCUCCAGGAACAGAGGUAUCAGGAGUGAAACACCGCAACUUAACUUCAUCGCAAGAUUAUCAACCUGUUUUGGAAGAUAAAAGGAAACCAGGAGAUAGCUCAUCUGCUGAAAGAAGUGAUGGUACUGGGGGCUCAAAAAUUCUCUAACUAGGCUAUUAUUCGCAGCUCCGUUUUUCUUUUCUGAUUUCUUUGUAUAUCCUGGUUGUUGAACAUUAGGUUUCUCUGUGCCCGGAAAUCUGUUGUGGUUACAUUAAUCCAAACUCGUAUAUAUAAAAAAGGGUACAUGGUAUUGCCAAAAAGUAGUUGAAAAGUGAGAAAAUUAUCAAAA